AUGGCAUAUGCCCUGUCAACAGAGAGUGAAGAAUCGUACAUAACUUAUAAUAUGUUGAAGGUUACACGCCACCUAUUUAGAUGGACGAAAGAAGUCUCGAAUGUAGAUUAUUAUGAGCGUGCUUUGACAAAUGGUGUAUUCGGCGUUCAAAAAGGAACAAAUUUUGGGUUUUAUUUUUUUAUGUUCUGUUGUUGUGUGAGUGAUUACUCUAUUUUAAGAAGAUUUGUUGAUUAUUGUGAUAGUAAUGUGAUGCUUUAA